AAUUUAAUACCAUGCGCCCAUUGCAUUUUGAGUUCUUUUCACAAAGAGUCGUCCAGCCUCGACCUGUUCCAUUGUCAUCCUCGCGAAUAGCUUGCUACAAGAACGGGAUGUCAAAAUACGACGAGGACAUUAUACACUGGUCUGACGACGAGGACCGGCUGUUUGACUCUCCGGCUUUGUCCAAGACAGUAGACGCGGGAACAAUUGGCAAAUCAGAAGACCCUCAGUCGCGGUCGAGGGCACGAUCAGGAGAAUCUCCAUAUGGCACUGAAGAAGCACGUGAUGCAGCGCUGCAGCAAGAGCUUGAGAAUGUUCGAAAGAUUAAUCAAGUGAUUGAGGGUGUGGUGGAGAGCCUCGAGAAAGCCAAGAACAACAUGGAGACCGUCUCCCGAACAGUCAACUCAGCCACCACCCUGCUCCAGACAUGGACGCGCAUCCUAUCUCAAACAGAGCACAACCAGCGGCUAAUUCUCAACCCUGCGUGGCAAGGCGCAACCCAUGAUAUCACCGAGCUUGAAGCGGAGGAAGAGCGCAGAGUACGCGAGGCCCAAAGACGGCAGAUUGAAGAGCAACAACGUCGCGAGGCGGCAGCGCGCAAAGCAGAGGAAGACGAAAGGAAACGACAGGAGGAUGCUGCAAAAGCCGCGAGAGGCGCGCGGGGCAGGGGCAGGGGCGUGGGCAGGGCAGCGAGCAGCGUGUCGAGCUCAGGAUAUGGCCAGCAGAGGGCUGGAAUGACGAAAGGCAGUGCGGCAAGCAGCUCGUCAUCGAGAGGCGGGACUGGGAUUGGAAGGGGACUCAGAGGACGGGCCAGAGGCUGAGGAUGACAUGUGUGCGCGUAGAGUGGAACUUUCAUGAACAUGAUACGGAACGAAGUAUGAUACCCCGUUGUGCAGAGCGGAAGCCCGCAAUACCAAAGGCUGGUUAAGGCCAGAUUCUUAAUGUCUUUAUUAGCAUAUUUGGGUAAUCUGUACAAGAUCGGAACAAAGAAGUGCGAGGUAGUCACGUUGUGCAACUGGCCUCCAUAAUUAUCAACUCAACUAAACCUUGUCUCUUUACCA